AUGCAGCUAGAGGAUUGGCUCGAUGACCUGUGCGUCAGAUUCAUUGUCAACAUACCAGCCGAAGAGCUAGUUAGCCUCGAGCGAAUAUGCUUUCAGAUAGAGGAAGCUCAAUGGUUCUACGAAGACUUCGUUCGCCCAGCUGAUCCCUCGCUCCCUUCCUUGACCUUAAAAACCUUCUUUCAGAGAAUAGUACCACGAUGUCCCAUCUUCCACGACUGGGACGUCCACGAUUUGGAUGGUGCUUUCGAGAAGUUCUUGCAGUACAAGAACAGAGUACCUGUCCGUGGUGCUAUACUUUUGAACGAUAAAAUGGACGAAGUUAUUUUGGUCAAAGGCUGGAAGAAGAGCGGGACAUGGAGCUUCCCUCGUGGAAAAAUCAACAAGGACGAAGAUGACCUGGAAUGUGCCAUCAGGGAAGCUUGGGAGGAGACUGGUUUCGAUAUUCGUGCCGCAGGUCUGGUGUCGGACCCCAGGAAAAUCAAACACAUUGAAAAGACGAUGAGAUCCCAGAACAUGAAAAUGUUCGUCUUCCGCGGUGUGUCCAAGGAUGCUCACUUCGAGCCUCAGACGAGGAAAGAGAUCAGCAAGAUCGAGUGGUUUAGACUUGCCGACCUUCCCACUGAAAGGAAAAAAGCAAACACUACUGAGGGGACAGGUCAACAUCUCGUACUGAACGCGAACAAGUUCUACGUUGUUGCACCAUUCAUGCAUGAUCUCAAAAAGAUUAUCACUGCUGAAAGACGGAAAGACAACAGGCAAAGCUCAAGAGCAGCUCCGCCUGUGACCGCCGAAAUUGCCAGCAAUGAAACAGAUACAUUACAGAUUGCUACACAAACAUUGCCUAUGUCACCCGCCAUACCAAGCAGUUUGCCUGAAGUCAGUCCACCCUCUGCUUCAGAUCCUCUACACCACCUGAGCCGUACUCCCCAGCCUGUAACAGCAAACCUUGAUGCAGCGGCGAAAUCAAACGCCCUCAUGGCAUUACUGCGAAAUGGCCCGGCUGCCCAGAUACGUAACGACCUCCAUACACCACAUGAGCAGAUCAAUCCACCGACAAUACCCCGUUCUCCAGAACGUCCUUCCCAUGCACAUGCCAUGGCUAGUAUCCAGUCCCCUCCUCCAGCCUUCGAUCUACACCAACAGAUGCAUCCUACUGCUCCCAAAGCAUCAGCCCUGCCACAACUCAGUCAGCACACGAGGUCCUUGCUGGACGCUUUUAAUGGUCCUACUCUUCCGCAAAACAGACCCGUUCAACCACAACUGCCACCUGCCAAGCAGGAUCUAUUAGCGGCAUUCACAUCGAAACCAUUCCCUAAGAGCGUGUCGCCUCGAGUUUUUACACCUGUUGACCAAGGUGGUAACUUGCUGCAGCUCUUGCAACGACCCUCAAGCAAUGCUCCAGAGCGGCCAGUGCCCAUAGAUAGAGGCAACUCCAAUGUCUCGACCCCGGAUCCCAGUGCUAUGGUGACACCUACCAUUCAACUAGAACAUAUGCAGCGAAAGCCUGCAUUUACUAUCAACCCACUCUUGGAUCUGCUUAAGGAUGGAAAGAAGCCCAGCACACCCAACCCUGGACAUGCUGUUGCUUCUGGAACAGAUCAAGUCCACACGCGUACUCCAGAUGUGCCAAGUCCAGCAUCUUUUAACAAUACACAGACAGAACCAGUAGAGCUCUCAGCGACCACGGAAGACGAGAGCAGAACACGCUCUGCAGUAGGGACGAAGGAUAACUUGCGCUCCUUGUCAAACGCCACAUCGCCUGAAGCUACGAAGCCUGGUCUACCGAAGUCGCGAGUGGGAACGACUUCAGCCACUCUGGCUCAGCCGAUCGACGAACCACAGUUUGAAGCCAUUGCUAGAGCCCCGACCUUCGAGGAGGAAUCUAGAACGCAACCUGCGCCAGCUGAGCGCAAGUUGUUCGAUUACAAGACUGGCAAUAUCAAGCAAGUGACGUCGAUCAAGGCGAUCUCGCGACAAGACGACCGUAGCAAGCAACCGCGGUCACCACGUAACACGAAGCAACAGAGGCAAACAAACUCUCCUCGAAGACCAGUAACACCAAAAGAGUUGACUAAGCCAUUCCAGCCACAGAUCCUAAAACGUCCCCAGACUAGAGAUGGUGAUGACACUUCCAGAACCUCGGACCUGCCACUAAGAAAUAUACCAGUGCCCAUGACGAGUGAAACAGCCUGUAUUGACCUUCCCUCAGCUUUUUCACAAGGUCCGCUUUCGCCUAGUCUCAAUGCACCCGAAGCUGUCAAUACACAAGGUCCUAUCAAGAUCCCCACUGCAGCUAGUACAUCCUCGCAAUUACUAUCGCCUGUGCAUGAUCCGCAGAGAGAGGCACUACUGUCACUCCUCAAAACUCCGGCUCCGAAACAACUCACCCCUGAGCCAGACGCUACUCCAAAGGCCUCAUUCGGGCUUAUUUUGGAUCACGAGUUCGCUGACAACAGAGUCGUUUCACCACCUUCUGCGAGUCAACUGAUCAGCCCUAUCGCAGCGGGGGAAGUGGACAGUGCACCGAGAUCAAGAGUAAGCAGUCUGGCUUCGGUCGGCAUGUCCGGACGAUCGCAUCAUGAAAAGCGCCAGACAGGAGCUGAGGAUAAAGCGUUCUUGAUGCAGUAUUUAAAGGGACUAUCAUAG